AUGUCUGAAAUUUUUGCUCAGAGUUCCGACAAGAACCAAAUAGGACAAGUGUUCAACAAGUUGUUGAAGAAUAUUGGAGAAGCAGAGGAGUUCGAGUUGCCUGAUUGGUUGAACAAAGGGAAACCAACUCCUUACAUCUUCAUCAAGCGCAAUAUAUACUUGACGAAGAAACUCAAGAAGAGAGUUGAGGAUGAUGGGAUAUUCUGUUCUUGUUCCUUGUCUUUUGACUCUUCUUCUUCAACUGUUUGUGGGAGUAAUUGUCAUUGUGGGAUGCUAUUCUCAAGCUGUUCUUCUUGUUGCAAGUGUGGGGAUGAGUGUAAUAAUAAGCCGUUCCAGCACCGGUAUGUCAAGAAGUUGAAGUUGAUUCAGACUGAAAAAUGCGGAUCAGGGAUUGUAGCAGAAGAAGAGAUUGAGCAAGGAGAGUUUAUCAUUGAAUAUGUAGGGGAAGUUAUAGAUGAUAAGACUUGUGAAGAGAGGCUUUGGAAGAUGAAACACCGUGGAGAGACGAAUUUCUAUCUGUGUGAGAUAAACAGAGAUAUGGUGAUUGAUGCUACUCAUAAGGGGAAUAAAUCGAGAUACAUCAAUCAUAGUUGCAACCCUAAUACGCAGAUGCAGAAAUGGAUCAUUGAUGGCGAGACAAGAAUAGGCAUUUUUGCAACCUGUGACAUUAAAAAGGGAGAGCAUUUGACUUAUGACUAUCAGUUUGUUCAGUUUGGUGCAGAUCAAGACUGCCAUUGUGGAGCUAUAGGUUGCAGAAGGAAGCUUGGGGUGAAACCAAACAAACCUAAAUUACCCUCGGAUGAAGCUCUUAAUGUAGUGCUAUGUGAAGUGACCCAGACACAGCCCAAGUAUGUUUUGGGUUCCCACGUUUCUCCAGGAAAGUCAUGGAACAAGCUUACUCAAGGGCAGCCAUGUCCUCGCAACUGCAUAGGUGUGGUACUCAGGUUAUCUCGCCCCACGAGUGAUAGGUGCUUUGGCAUCAUUAGAAGGUUUGAUGAGUUUACAAGAAAGCACUCGGUGAUGUUUGAGGAUGGUGUUACCGAGUUUAUCGACAUGUCCAAAGAAGAAGAUUGGGAGAUUUUAUCUGACUAA